AUGAAUAGCGAACUCGCCAACGGGUCGGAUCUGCAGGUCGUCAGAAUGGGAGGUGGUACCGGUGAUAAGAGGAGUUUGGUGACGGUGGUUUGGGCGGUCAACCUCACGGCUUUCGUCCUCGUCGGAAUAAUAGUGCCUUUGCGUAUUAUCGUUCGCUGCACUGUAACACGGAAUUUCUUCAGCGACGAUGUACUUGUUAUCAUUUCUGCCCUCUUCACUUUUGCAGUAUGCGCACUGCUUCCUAUAGCGACCGACCUAGGACUUGGUCAGCACUCCUGGAAUCUCGAUGUUGAAUUCCUUCCUGAUAACACCAAGAGUUUACUCCAGCUCAUCUUCAUUGCUAAUACUUUGUAUCCUUGCGCAAUCGCGUUCACUCGUCUCUCAGCCAUCAGCUCUUUUCUCAGACUCAUAACACAUAAAAGCGCUCGCUGGAUCAUGUAUGGUGCAGCGUUCGUCACGGGGGGGUUCUGCUUGGCAUCCGUGUUUGCCGUCAUCUUCCAAUGCAAGCCCAUCACGGCGGCAUGGGAUUCGUCGACUGGCAACGCUACUUGCUACCCUUUUAUUGACUUUCUUCAUGCCAGCGCGGCGUUGAACAUUGCAAUCGACAUGCUGCUGUGCACCGUGCCCUUGCCGUAUAUAUGGAACAUGAAAAUGACAACGGGCAAGAAAGUUCUGCUCACGAUUCUCUUUGCCUUUUCUGGACUCUCAUGUGCUGCGGCAAUCCUCAAGCUUGUCAACCUAGAGCCUCUGAACGACUCUGACUUGCCCUACAACUGGGUCUCCUGGGUGCUCUGUUCUAUCGCAGAGUGCACCAUCGGCAUCGUCUGCAUGUCAAUACCGCCGAUCAUUCCUCUCUUCACCAAGUGCUCCUGCAACAAGCCGCCGACGCCUCGAAAGGAAAGAAGCAAGUCGUUGCGGUAUACCUUGUUUGCUGAAAAGCCAACCUUCAGCCGUGCUGUGGCACCGCGAGUCAUAAGGCCGAUGGCAACACCGUGGAAGGAUCAACCGCUCGAGAGGACCGUCAACCCGGACUUCAAGCCAGAUUUUCACUGGCUCAGACUGGAGCAGCAAGAGUAUGGACGUUGUUGGGACAGAACGCCUCAGUCUACUAAGGUGAAUCAGGUUCUUGGGAUUGCGUUGUAG